UUUAACAAUUGUCAAAAUUUCUCAUUAAUAGUGCAUGUCAUUAUUUUAUCACUUUAAAUAAGUUUUUCGUUUGAUAAUAUCAUAUUUGAAUAACCAAAAUGCUCAGCAUUAACGAAAAUUUUCCUGAAUAUUCAGUGCCUGGCGCUAAACAACAUCGUUUUGAACCUUAUGCAGACAAUGGUGGAAGCGUUGUGGCCAUCGCCGGUGAAGACUACGCUGUGAUCGGAGCUGACACUCGACUGAGUACCGGCUUCUCUAUCUACACAAGAGAACAGAAAAAGCUAUUCAAACUCUCCGAUCAAACUGUACUCGGGGCUACGGGAUGUUGGUGUGACACACUUACUUUAACUCGGUUACUGCAUGCCAGAAUGCAAAUGUAUCAGCACGAGCAUAAUAAAGCCAUGUCAACGCCUGCCGUAGCUCAGAUGCUAUCUACUAUGUUGUACUAUAAAAGAUUCUUUCCAUAUUAUAUUUCUAAUGUUUUGGCUGGCUUAGAUGCCGAUGGAAAAGGAUGUGUGUAUAGUUAUGACCCUAUUGGUCAUUGCGAACGAUCUAAUUACCGUGCCGGUGGUUCCGCUGGAGCUCAGCUGCAACCUCUAUUGGACAACCAGAUAGGUUUGAAAAAUAUGCAAAAUGUAACAGAGGUGCCCUUGCCAAGAGAAAAGGCUUUGGCCCUCUUAAAGGAUGUAUUCAUCAGUGCAGCUGAACGUGAUAUCUAUACUGGUGACUGUAUCUAUAUUCUGGUCAUUACAGCAAACGGCAUCCAAGAGGAGAAAUUUGAACUUCGUAAAGAUUAAUUUUGUGUUUCAUUAAAUAAAGAUUUAUAAAAAUAA